CUUGAGUCUUAAGGCAGCCGGCUCAUAAUCCGAGGCGUCAAAGGAUUUCGGUAGCUUUCAAGCGUGGACAGACCAAUCCGUCGCAAUGCGGUCGUCUAAUCCCAUCUCCGUGGCAGCGGAACUUCUCCUGCUCGCCGGGGCUGUCUCUGCCAGCACCCCUCAGGACACAAACCCUCCCAAGGCUCCCAUUGCACCUGGUGUCCUUGCCUCAAACAAUGGUCCUACUCACGGCUACUUCCAGCAGCUCAUCGACCAUGAUCACCCCGAGCUUGGCACCUUUUCGCAGAGAUAUGCCUACAACGGUGACUACUACAAGGGCCCCGGCUCGCCAAUCAUCCUGGUUGGACCCAACGAGUCUGCUCUGGAUGGCUACGAGGGAUACACCACCAAUCUGACUCUUCCCGGUGCCUAUGCGCAAGCAGUUGGCGGCGGAGCCAUCAUCAUUGAGCACCGCUACUGGGGAGAUAGCUCGCCAUACCAGUCUCUUGACACUGAGAACAUGACAUAUCUUACAAUGGAGCAGUCCAUCAAGGAUCUCACCUACUUUGCCAAGAAUGUCGUUCUGCCUUUCGACCAGAACCGCACCAGCACUCCCGAUAAGGCGCCCUGGGUCCUCAGCGGCUGCUCCUACAGCGGUGCUCUGACAGCGUGGGUGCAGGACCUUGCUCCUGGAACUUUCUGGGCCUACAGUGCCUCCAGCCCCGUGGUCGAGGCCAUUGGCCCGCUGUGGCAAUACUUUGAGCAGGUCAAGCUGGCAAUGCCAAAGAACUGCACAGCUGACUAUGUCAAGAUCGUUGACCACGUGGAUAGUAUUCUGCUGGGAUACAAUAAGAAGGCCAAGGACGAGCUCAAGAGCUUGUUCCGCCUAGAGUCUGUUGAGCAUGACGAUGACUUUGCGGCCGCGCUGGUCAGCGGAUUGUACACCUGGCAGGAUGUGCUCUUUUCGGACGGCUUCAGCGCCACGAACCAAAUGUGCGACUAUAUUGAGAACAAAUGGCCCAACAGCACCAGCCCAACUCCUGGGCCUCAUGGCGUUGGUCUCACAAAGGCACUGGCUGGAUAUGCCAAAUGGUUUACCGAACUCAGCCUGCCAAACACUUGUUCUAAUUACGGAUACUGGACCGGCGAGUACGAUACCGACUGCUUCAACACGUACAACGCAACGAGCCCCUUGUACACAGAUCUCACCCCUAGAAACGCUGCCAACCGCCAAUGGAACUGGUUCCUCUGCAAUCAGCCCUUCAAGUGGUGGCAGGUCCGCGGUGAGGGCAACCUCGUCUCUCGCCUCGUCACGCAAGAGUACUUUGAGCGCCAAUGCGGCCUCUUCUUCCCCAGGGAAGGAGACUACAGCUACGGCAUUGCCGAGGGCGCCACCACGUCCGAUGUCAACAGGGUUACUGGCGGUUGGUUCAACGUCAACACGCACCGCCUGCAGUGGGCUGCUGGAGAGUUCGAUCCAUGGAGGCCCGCUACAGUUAUGGCAACCAGUCGUCCUGGCGGUCAGCUGCAGUCGACUUCAGCCCACCCCGUGCGUGUCAUUCCCGGAGGAGCACACUGCGGCGACCAGUUGAGGCGCAAUGCGAACGCAAACACCGCGCUGGCAAACAUUUUUUCUGCUGAGGUGGCGACCAUCAAGCAGUGGGUGCAGGAGUUUUAUGAUGAGAAAGGAAAGAAUCACUAUUAAAUGAAAUAUAUAUUAGGCGUCGGCGGUAUAUAUAACGAUAGAUGAACACUUGUAAGACUUAGAUGGUCUCAAGCUUAUGAAUAAAGAAAUAAUAAAUUAGCAAUUGUCGCGACAAG